CAAGCUUUUGUCGUCUUCCUUUUGGUGAAUACACGUCCUGUCCCCUUUACAGGUCCUCUAUCAAUGUUUCUGCUUGUGUGCAGGAUCUUAUCUUAGCCGAAAUGAACUGUGGAGUAUCACCAAUCGAUUACCCUAUUGACUUAUUCAGCCAUUAAGUUCUAAUAGUCAUAUUUUUAGCAAUUGUGUAAUUGAUUAAAUGCCAGGUAACGAAUUUGAUUUGGCCAGUCCACAAGUGGGGAUCUUACAUCAUUAUGGGCCCAAUAAAACGGCAUUUGAAUUUACAUCGAAUCCUCAAAAUUUAGCACCCAAUGUAGUUAUAUUUAUUCAUGGAUUAAGUAAUGGUUUGUUAGAUGUACCAUAUAUACCCAAAUUAGCAGAAUCAAUUAGUAAAUCAAAUAGUGAUUGGGUACUCAUACAAUUACUAUUUAAAUCAUCUUAUCAAGGUUGGGGAACAUCUUCACUUAAGAAUGAUACAAAAGAUAUAUCCAAACUAAUCAAAUAUUUAAGAUCUGAAAAGGGUGGAAAUCGUAAAAAAGUAGUUUUAUUGGGUCAUUCUACGGGUUGUCAAGAUACAAUUGAAUAUCUUUCUAAAUUCUCUCAUGAACCAAAUUUUGAUGAGGAAACUGCCAUUCAAGCGGGAAUCUUACAAGCUCCUGUAUCUGAUGUUGAAGGACUUCAGGUUUCUUCAAAAUUAUCGAUCCCUGAAUUUAAUAAGUUGGUUCAAGAAGUAUAUGAUGAUUAUAUCUCUCAAAAUAAACAAAAUCAUGUUCUACCUGAAAAAUUUAGAAGAAUAGCUUUUGGUACUCCCAUUACUGCUUAUAGAUUUUAUUCAUUGAGUCAUCCUCGUGGUGAUGAUGAUUAUUUUUCAAGUUAUUUAACUUCUGAUGAUUAUGCUUUAUCGUUUGGAAAAAUUGAAAAGCCAUUAUUGGUCCUCUAUGGAUCCAAAGAUGAAUUUGUACCAGAUUAUGUUAAUCGUCAAAAAUUAAUUGAUUCAUGGAAAGAUGCUACUAAUCCUAAAUACUGGUCACCUUUAAGUAAAAUUUUACAAGGUGCUACGCAUGAUAUUGGUCCUGGUUCAGAUGAAACCGCAGUCGAUGAUUUCAUUGAAACUGUAUUAACUUUUAUUAAAUCUAUUUAA